AUGCUCGCAAGGGGGGCGAUCCUGCCACUGUUCCUGGCCUUCGCCGUGCUGGCCUGCCCCGCCACGGCCUCAGCAGCAGUGCAAGUGACUCUGUACGGCGAGUCUCUGUGCCCCUACUGCAGAGCCUGGAUCCUGGAGCAGGCCUCAGAUCUAUUUGAUCAAGGCUUCUCCAGCUACAUCGAGUUCCGCUACGUUGCCUGGGGAAAUGCCCACCGAAGCCAUGAUGGCCCCCAGUGCCAGCACGGUGCGGCAGAGUGCGCGGGCAACGACCUGAUCAACUGCGCCCAGGCGCUGUACCCCGCCCAGGCCCUGUGGUUCCCGUACCGCCGCGGCGCGGGCGACGCCAGGCCUGCUACGGCUCGCCUGGCGCGGCGUGCUCGGGAGGUGGUGGGCACCGGCUGCCUGGUAGGGGGCUGUGUUUCGCUGUUCCAUGGUGGUUACUGA